AUGACAGAUUAAAAUAAUCACAAUCCAACAACUUUGCAGAAUCACUUAAGGGGUAAUUCUAAUUAGAUUUAAUCGUCAAAUGGUAUAGACUCAAAUACAAAUGUUGCUAGAUCAAUUGAGCUUAACAGAAUUAGACCCUCAAACUCUUAGUAACCAUCAGUUCCUUUUAAUCGCUUUAGGGACCGAUUUCACUAAACUCAGUAACAAUAGUAAUUGCAAGGUUAAAGUAAUAGCACUCCGAAGUUAUAACUUAAAAAUUUUUCCGAAAUAAACAAGCAGCCAGAAUCUAUUCCCAAGGCAUAUAUACUUUCAAGUAGCUCAAAUUUAGUCUCAAAAAAGGGCAAAAUAGGGGAUAAAAAUUAAAAACACAGCACUGAUCUAGGAUAUUAAAAUAAUUCUAAUAGUUCAUAAGCAGUUGAGGAUCAGUUAUCAUCAAUGGUUACGCAAGCGCCAAGAAAUAAUCAGAAUAUGAAUACUAACUAUACAAGUAUGUAAACUCCUGCAGCUGUUCCCUCUUUGAAUUUAAUUCAAAACUUUAAUUAAGAAGAGCGAAUGGGUUAUAUAGGCAAAUAAAAACCUAGAGAUAAAGGGAAAAAGACUUUGAUUCUAGACUUGGAUGAAACUCUAGUCCACAGUUCCUUCAAAUUCAUUCCAAAUGUUGACAUUAUACUUCCAAUAGAGAUAGAAGGGAGAAAUUGUGAGAUCUUUGUUCUUAAAAGACCAGGGGUGGAUGAAUUUCUACACAGAAUGAUCCAAAUUUAUGAAGUCAUAAUAUUUACAGCAUCAUUAUCCAAGUAUGCUAAUCCGCUUAUUGAUAAAUUAGAUACUAUGAACUACAAAUUCGCAAAGCUAUUUAGAGAUCAUUGUACCUUUUACAACAAUACCUUUAUCAAGGAUCUCUCAAAGAUUGGCAGAGACUUAAAGGAUAUCAUAAUUGUGGAUAACUCCCCAGUGGCAUAUAUGUUCCAUCCAGAAAAUGCCAUUCCUAUUCCAUCUUGGUAUGACGAUCCAAGAGACAAAGAAUUAAACAAGUUGAUUCCUAUCCUUGAAAAACUCUCCUAAGUAGAUGAUGUGAGAAACUAUAUUAGAUAUUUGGUGAUUGAUAAUAGAAUAUUGUUUACGAGAGCCUAAACAAUGCUUAAUGCUCAUGCCAGAAAUACUCAAAAUACGGAAAAAAGUAACCAAGCUCAGAGCAAUAAAGAUAGUUAUCACUAGAUCCAUAGAUCACAAAGCAAUGUCCAGCCAAGAUAAUUUCAAGCACUAUAAAUCUAAAAGGAAUAGCAAUAAAUAUAAGUCUAGCCAGAUUUAACAAAUGAGAACCAAAAGAGAAUAUUCUUCCCAGUUGAAGCAUAAAAAGAGUCCACAACAAGUUAAUAAAUAAGAAGUAUAUCGUAGCAAUAGAAGAAGUCUAAGCUUUAUGAUUUGGAAGAUGAUGAUUAUCCUGAGUCUCCAGCUUAGAAAAUGAAGAGCGAUACUAAGUCAAGGAACAUCAAUCCUUCUAGUAAAAGAGGAUUGGAGAACUCUCAAUCCAAGAAGCAUCAUCUGAUGAGAGCUAGUUCAAGUCAUAAGGGACUUCUCAUUUAAAAUACAAAUAAUGACUCAGCCAGUAGCAGAAACAGACUAUCAAAUUAGAGGCCACAUAAUUCUAACUCUUCUGAUACUGAAUCUAUAUCUAAUAAUGGAAUCAAUAAUAAAGCUAAGCGAGCGUUAACUUCACAUAAACAUCUUCCUCUGUCAAGUCCACAGAGAAAUGAUUAAUCUUAAAAUAGUAUUAAUAUGGUCAACAACUCUCAGUCAGCAACAAACAUCAAUUAUCUCGCUAGAAAGGAAUAGAUUAACUAGCAAAUGUAGUAGCAUUAACUUAUGUAAUAAUAGCAACUUCAGCAACAGUAAAAUAACAGAUUAUAAGCUUAAAAUUUCAAUUAUGCUCUAGCUAAUACUAAUCACAUUAAACAAGUCAUUAGACCUACAUAAAUACUUAACUAUCACAAGAAAACGCCAAGAAUAAAUCAUCAUCAAUAAAACAUGAGGAAUCCUAAUGUCACGAAUACAAAUUAGAGCGAGACUUCUUAUUUGCAAAACAUCCAAAACUAAUAAAAUCAAUAAACAAUAGUCCUAGCGAGGAGAGCAGUCAUCAAUGGCUACAGUUCGAAUGCGACACCAUAGCCAGUCAUUAAAAACCAAAAUAUAUCAUCGUAGAUGCAGCUAAGCACCGCUCCCUAAAUACAGUUAAAUCAAACUAGAAUGUAUGCUGUAGGUAACUCUUAUUUCCCUUAAACAGUAAAGAACGAGCAGGGCAUGCCCUAAAAACUUGGGAAAAUCAGGAAUCAUAGCUCGGAGAAGUCACAGAGCUAUCAAUCACUGCCCUCUCCUUUCAAUAAAUGA